CCCCUCCCGAGCCUCGAGCCUCGCCGAGCUGCCGGCCGCUCGCCAGCCCCGCUGCCUGCUCCCUGCUCCGGCCUCGCCGCCCCACGCCGUCACCAUGAGCCAGUCCUACUCCUCCAGCCAGCGGGUCUCUUCCUACCGCCGCACCUUCGGCGGUGCCUCCCCGGUCUUCUCCCGUGCCUCCUUUGGGGGCAAGGGCAGCAGCGGCAGCUCUGUCACCUCCCGCGUCUACCAGGUGUCCCGCACCUCCGCUGUCCCCAGCCUGUCCAGCUUCCGCACCACCCGCGUGACACCCCUCCGCUCCUACCAAAGCACCUACCAAGGUGCCGGUGAGCUGCUGGACUUCAGCCUGGCCGAUGCCAUGAACCAGGAGUUCCUCCAGACCCGCACCAACGAGAAGGUGGAGCUGCAGGAGCUCAAUGACCGCUUCGCCAACUACAUCGAGAAGGUGCGCUUCUUGGAGCAGCAGAAUGCCAUGAUGAUGGCUGAGGUGAACCGCCUGCGGGGCAAGGAGCCCACCCGCGUGGCUGAGAUGUACGAGGAGGAGCUGCGGGAACUCCGGCACCAGGUGGACCUGCUCACCAGCCAGCGGGCCCGUGUUGAAGUUGAGCGUGACAACCUGCUUGAUGACCUGCAGAAGCUCAGGCAGAAGCUGCAAGAGGAGAUCCAGCUGAAGGAGGAGGCUGAGAACAACCUGGCUGCUUUCAGAGCUGAUGUGGACGCAGCCACGCUGGCACGCAUUGACCUGGAAAGACGCAUCGAGUCCCUGCAGGAGGAGAUUGCCUUCCUCAAGAAGGUGCAUGAGGAGGAAAUCCGGGAGCUGCAGGCUCAGUUGCAGGAGCAGCACAUCCAAGUGGAGAUGGACAUCUCCAAGCCCGACCUGACGGCCGCACUGCGGGACAUCCGUGCUCAGUAUGAGAGCAUCGCUGCCAAGAACAUCGCGGAGGCUGAGGAGUGGUACAAGUCCAAGGUCUCUGAUCUGACACAGGCAGCCAACAAGAACAAUGACGCGCUGCGACAGGCAAAACAGGAGAUGCUGGAGUACCGGCACCAGAUCCAGUCCUACACCUGUGAGAUUGAUGCCCUCAAGGGCACGAACGACUCGCUGAUGCGCCAGAUGCGGGAGAUGGAGGAGCGCUUUGCAGGGGAGGCUGGAGGGUACCAGGACACCAUUGCCCGGCUGGAGGAGGAGAUCCGGCACCUGAAGGACGAGAUGGCUCGGCACCUGCGUGAGUACCAGGACCUGCUCAACGUCAAGAUGGCCCUGGAUGUGGAGAUCGCCACAUACCGCAAGCUGCUGGAGGGCGAGGAGAACCGGAUCAGCAUCCCCAUGCACCAGACCUUUGCCUCUGCACUCAAUUUCCGAGAGACCAGCCCAGAGCAGCGUGGCUCCGAGGUGCACACCAAAAAGACCGUGAUGAUCAAAACCAUCGAAACCCGUGAUGGAGAGGUGGUGAGCGAGGCAACCCAGCAGCAGCAUGAAGUGCUGUAGAGGAGGCUGCUCCAGCAGCCCACUGGCACCUUCUGUCCCUGCCUCCGUCCCGCCGCCAAGCCCCCCUCCUGCUCCCCACCUCGCCCCCCGGCGCUCCCCAGCACUGCCUGAGGGCUACCCCUAUGCAGGUGCCUCCAGGCCCCCUGCACCCCCCGGGCUUUCUCCUUUGGCUUCAGAAGGCUUGCUCUGCUUUCGCAGCUUCGCAGCCGCAGUGCCAGCAUCAGGAUCAGGCCCAGGCCAGGGGGGCGGGGGCGGCAGGAGGGAGGGAGGGGACAGACAGGAGGGGCUGGGGGGAGCAGGUGGUGGCCUGGGCCAGCUCCCCAGAGAGCCGGACGGUCCCAGCAGCGGGUUCUGGAUCCCCCUGCAGCCUCCUCCAUGCACUGGGCAAGGGCUCUGGGUUCAUCCCACAGGAGCGGGGUCCCGUCCCCCCCAUGCCGGCACCACUGGCCUCCCUGGAGCUGGCACUUUUCUGGGUGCAUGGUGGUGGUGGUGGUGCUGGGGACAAGCGGGUUCUGGGCUGAGCCCCCUGUUCUCUGCCCAGGUCGGAGCCAGGGUGCUCCCAACCUGUGUCCCCACCGGCCCAGGGGUCUGGGGCCCUGUGCUCCCCCUGGCCCAAGAGGCAGCCCCGUGGGGCAGAGGAGGGCAGCACCCAGCUCUCCCUUUGCCCAGCAGCAGGAGGCUGUGUGGGGCCAAGCUCAUGAGCCGAGAGGGUACCCGUAGGUGGACACAGGAGAGAGGAGGAGUGAGAGAGUGGGAGAGAGCGGGGAGAGAAGGAGAGGAGCCAGAGAGAGGCCCGGGGGCCAGGGCAGGCACCCCCAUCCCUCGCCCCACUGCACCCCCACCCCACUGCAUCUACGUGACUCUUCAGGCGGCUGAAAUAAACAGCGGAGCAUCA